GCGCCUGCGGGCGACCCAGGCCAGGCGCUCCGGAGCGUGGGGCGGUUUCCUAGCAACUCGUGGCCCGCUGUGCGCCCAGAUCCCAGUAGGUUGGAAGCCCCCGGGGCCAGGGCAGGACCAUUCCGCCGCCAGCCGUGCUUCCCUUGUCCUAGCCGGGUGCACCGCAGAGCGCCAGCUGCCAGGGUGCUGGGCGGCGGGGCGCCUGAGUCUCGCGCUGGAGCCAAAAGGACCGGGGCACGAAGCCCCCGCCCCGCUAGGCCGGGCUCCCGCACCCCCGCGGAGCCUCCCCUCCCGCCCGAGCCGCCGUGCGCUCCACUCUCAGCCAGGCAGGGAGCGGGAUGCCUAGCGCUGCGCCUGCGGGCGUCGUCGGGCGCCUGUAGGACGCCCCAGAGGCGCCUCUCCAGCGGCUGGCACCCCAAACCUGCCCCCCUCGCCGGUCGGGACGCUGCAGCCGGUCCUAACCGACUGCAAGGCUGCGACUCGUUGGAGCUGGCCUUCCUGCCCACCUGUGGAAGCGCUCGCGCAGAUGCGCCGGCAGCUUCUCCCCUUGGCUGUCCGGCGUCCCCUCCCACCGAUGUAGCAUCACAGUGAUGUACAUUAGGGUGGUUUUCCCCCCAGCUUCGGGCUUUGUUUGGGUUUGAUUGUGUUUGGCUCUUCGCUAAGCUGAUUUAUGCAGCAGAGCCCCAUCGGCUGGAGAGGAACAAAAGCUCUUUUCUUUGUCCGGGAGCCGGCUGCCGAUCCCUCGCCCGCGACACCCCUGGGCCGCCAGCCGUCAGCGGAGCUGCUCCUCACCGAGACCAGAGCCCGCCGCGCCGAGCUGGGAGGGCCGCCCGGGCCCUGAGAUGCGGAGCCGGGCCCCGGCCCGCCUACCUGCUCUGCUCGCAUUCCGCCGAGCGGUCCGCCUGCCGGGCCUGCGGGCCACGUCUUAGGGACACCCGGCCCGCGGGCCCCGAGGUGCGCCCGGGAGGAGAGAGCGCGCGUCCGGAGAGCAGCCAGGCGCCAGGCGGGGGGCGGGCUGCUUUGCAUUAUGUGCGGCUCGGCCCUGGCUUUUUUUACUGCUGCAUUUGUCUGCGUGCAAAGCUGCCGUCAAGGUCCUGCGUCCUUUCUUCGGGCGGCCUGGAUGUUUUCACUUUUUCUUGGACUGGGCCAAAGUGGGGACAAUAGAUGUGUCUCUUCAAACGCAGCUUCCUGUGCCAGCUGCCUUGAGCUGGGUCCCGAAUGUGGGUGGUGUGUUCAAGAGGAUUUCAUUUCAGGUGGAUCAAGGAGUGAACGUUGUGACAUUGUUUCCAAUUUAAUAAGCAAAGGCUGUUCAGUGGAGUCCAUUGAAUACCCCUCUGUGCGUGUCAUAAUACCCAGUGAAGAUGAAAUUAAUACUCAGGUGACCCCAGGAGAAGUGUCAAUCCAACUGCGCCCAGGAGCUGAAGCUAAUUUUAUGAUGAAAAUUCGUCCUCUGAAGAAAUAUCCUGUAGAUCUUUAUUAUCUGGUUGAUGUGUCAGCAUCAAUGCACAAUAACAUAGAGAAGUUAAAUUCUGUUGGAAAUGAUUUAUCUAGAAAAAUGUCAUUUUUCUCUCAUGACUUCCGCCUUGGAUUUGGCUCAUAUGUUGAUAAAACCGUUUCUCCAUACAUUAGCAUCCACCCGGAGAGGAUUCAUAAUCAGUGCAGUGACUACAACUUGGACUGUAUGCCUCCGCAUGGAUACAUCCAUGUACUGUCUCUGACAGAAAACAUCACUGAGUUUGAAAAAGCAGUUCACAGACAAAAGAUCUCUGGAAAUAUAGAUACCCCUGAAGGAGGUUUUGAUGCCAUGCUUCAGGCAGCCGUCUGUGAGAGUCAUAUUGGAUGGAGAAAAGAAGCUAAAAGAUUGCUGCUGGUGAUGACAGACCAGACGUCCCAUCUCGCUCUUGACAGCAAGUUGGCAGGGAUAGUGGUGCCAAAUGAUGGAAACUGCCAUCUGAAAAACAAUGUCUACGUCAAAUCAACAACCAUGGAACAUCCAUCACUAGGUCAACUUUCAGAAAAGCUAAUAGAAAACAACAUUAAUGUCAUUUUUGCAGUUCAAGGAAAACAGUUUCACUGGUAUAAGGAACUUCUGCCCCUUUUGCCCGGCACCAUUGCUGGUGAAAUAGAAUCAACAGCUGCCAACCUCAACAAUUUGGUCGUGGAAGCCUAUAAGAAGCUUAUUUCAGAAGUGAAAAUUCAAGUGGAAAACCAGGUACAAGGCGUCUAUUUUAACAUAACUGCCAUCUGUCCAGAUGGGGCCCGGAAGCCAGGCAUGGAUGGCUGUGGAAGCGUGACAAGCAACGACGAGGUUCUUUUCAAUGUAACAGUUACAAUGAAAAACUGUGAUGUCACAAGAGGAAAAAAUUAUGCAAUAAUCAAGCCGAUUGGUUUCAAUGAAACCACUAAAAUUCACAUACACAGAAGCUGCAGCUGUCAGUGUGAGGACCGCAGAAGGCCGCAGGGGCGCUGUGUAGAUGACACCUCCCUCGACUCCAAGUGCUGGCAGUGUGACGAGAGUCGCUGUCACUUGGAAGAAGAUGGAUUUCUGUCGGAAAGCUGCAAGUUGCAGAAGGACCAACCUGUGUGCAGUGGCCGAGGAGUUUGCAUUUGUGGAGAGUGCCUAUGUCACAAAACUAAGCUCGGAAAAGUUUAUGGAAAAUACUGUGAAAAAGAUGAUUUUUCUUGUCCCUAUCACCAUGGGAAUCUGUGUGCUGGGCACGGCGAGUGUGAAGGUGGCAAGUGCCAAUGCUUCAGUGGCUGGGAUGGAGAUCGGUGCCAGUGCCCAUCAGCAUCGGCUCAGCACUGCAUCAAUCCCAAGGGCCAGGUGUGCAGCGGAAGAGGCACCUGUGUGUGCGGCAGGUGCGAGUGCACCGACCCCAGGAGCAUCGGCCGCUUCUGUGAACACUGCCCCUCCUGCCACACAGCCUGCAGUGAAAACCGGAAUUGUAUGCAAUGCCUGAACCCCCACAAUCUGUCCCAAGCUAUCCUUGCGCAGUGUAAAACCUCGUGUGCUCUCGUGGAUCAGCGAUACGUUGACCAGACAUCAGAAUGUUUAUCCAGCCCAAGUUACUUAAGAAUAUUCUUUAUCAUAUUCAUAGUCACUUUUUUGAUCGGAUUGCUUAAAGUCCUGAUCAUAAGGCAGGUGAUCCUACAGUGGAACAGUAGUAAAGUCAAGUCCUCGUCAGAUUACAGACCAUCCAGCUCAAAAAAGGAUAAAUUGAUUCUGCAGAGUGUUUGCACAAGAGCCGUCACCUACCGACGUGAGAAGCCUGAACAAAUAAAAAUGGAUAUCAACAAAUUAAACGCUCAUGAGACUUUCAGGUGCAACUUCUAAAAGAAACCUUUAAAAAUACUUUGUGAGAAACUGGAUUUUUAAAUAAUCGCUCCUAAAAAAUAUUAAGCAUAAAAGUCACAGGAGGAAACAAAUCGUUCAAGGUCGCGCCCAUGGCUGGUUGUAUAUUUGAGUGCAGAUCGACACGCAUCCUCAUUGCCGUGUGACUCUCAUAGCUGCUGAAUUAUUCUGAGAAAAAAAAAAUGUGUCUUACUACUGUUUGGAGACUAGUGUCAUGUAGCACUUUACUGUAAUAUAUAACUUAUUUAGAUCAGCAUAGAAUGUAGGUCAUCUGAAGGGCACUGAUUACACUUUACAGGUACCUGCCAUUCCCGCGCUUCCCGGAGGGACACAAUGUUCUCGGCCAGGUUAGUACUGUGUCACUGCACGGGUGCAGCAGCAAUCCCUGCCCUGAACACGUGGCUGAAAAAAUAGCCCGGCGGUUACGUAUGAGAAUUGCCAAACCCUUCAACUACUGGCUGUGAUUAGCCAAGAACGCUGGACUCGCUCGUUCAGGGGUUGACCAGAUGAUAUCUUCAUGUUAAGGGAUAUUGCUUGUGAAAGUAUGUGGUUUGAUGCAUGUGUUUAUGUGUUCUUCUUACAAAAUGGAUGCUAAUUCCAACAAUCUCUCCUCUUUGCAUUUAUACUUUGUCUUCCUUCCUUUCAGGAUAAGUUUAUAUAUGUCACAGAUGACUGGAUUAAAUAAGUGCUAAGGUACUACUGCCAUAAACCUGUAAUACAAUGUCACUUUAUUAGAAUAACUGGUGUUACACAUUGAAUGUUAUCAAAGGACACUGUAAAGUAUCAUCCAAACCUGAAGAGCUUUGGUAUUAUAGAUGUGGUAUGUUCUUACCUGGUAAACUGGAUGGAUUAUUUCAUCAUUUCAUGAGUCUGAUAUGUAAAUUGAAAUUUACAAGACAGGAAGAAACUGCCUCAAGUACAGUCUCCCACCUGUGAAUGAGUUUCCUAAGAUUUGCUC